AUGGUUGGGCUCCCGCAGAAGGACAACUCGAAGAAGGUCCCAUUGACCGCUGAAAAUUUUGGCGCCUAUUUCGGCAAAUUCGAGAUGACGAUGGCCGCUUCCCCCGCCCCGACGACGUCGACGCUUGCCGAGCCUCGCACUCCUCAGAAGAAGGCACAGAACGAGGUGCAGCCGAUGGCUUCCAAGCCGACGACGCCCGACACGCCCUACGUGCACUGCGACAGCCCCUGGCCCUCCCCGAAAGGCAACGCCGACAAG